AUCCAUUCUAUAACAUAUAAUAGUUUCCUCAAAUUUAUUGGUAGCGCGUCUUAUCACGUGCAAAAUCAUCUCAAAAUUUUUAUGGAAUUUUUUUUUUUUUUUUUUUUUUUUCAGUAACAACAUCAUAAUUUGAUCUCUAUAUUCAGUUUGCUGGUAUAACUCCAAUUAAAACUAUUCCUUUCUUCUGGUUCCAUUCUAAUAGUUAUAAAUAGCAAAGAUGGACGCUCAAUUCGUUGGAGCUUUGGAGGAAACUUUAAAGCAAACUUUGGUUCCAGAUAAUGCUAUUCUUAAGCAAGCAUCUCAAAAGUUAAGUAAAGAAUUUUACACUAAACCACAAAUUAUUCCUGCUUUAUUUCAAAUUUUACAUACUAGUGAUAGCAAUGAAGUGAAACAAGUGGCUGCUGUUGAAGCUAGAAAGUUGGUGUUGAGUAAAUGGGAAACUGUUGAUGCUUCCAGUAAAGCAUCCAUCAAAUCAACCUUAUUACAAACUGCUUUCUCUCAAACUUCAAAAGUUGUUAGACAUUCAUUUUCAAGAUUAAUUGCUGCUAUUGCUGAAACUGAUUUAGAAGAAAAUCAAUGGCCUGAACUUUUACCAACCUUGGUUAAUUACAUUCAAGAUUCCAAUACUGAUGUCAAGGAAGCUUCUGUUUAUACUUUAUAUUCUAUUUUAGAAACCAUGACUCAAGCUUUACAACCUCAUACUAGUCAAUUUUUAGAAUUAUUCACUGGCUUAUUAGCUGAUCAAUCUUCUAUUGAAGUUAGAGUCAACUCUGUAUUAUCAAUUGAUGUUCUUGGUCAAUUUAUUGAAGAUUCUGAAACUAUUGAUUUACAAUUAGCUGCUAAAUUUAAAAAUACUAUUCCAGGUAUGGUUAAUGUUUUAAAAGAAGUUAUUGCUCUUGAUGAUUCAACUAAAGUUAAAGAUAUCUUUAACGUGUUUAAUGGUUUCCUUUAUCUUGAUGGUAAAUUAACUGGUGAUCAUCUUAUUAAUUUACUUCAAUUUAUUGCUGAAAUCUCCAGUAAUACUCAAUUAGAUGAAGAAUAUAGAAGUUAUGCUUUACAAUUCUUAAUCUCUCUUGUUAGUGUUAGAAAAUCUAAAAUUAGUUCUAAUAAAUUAGGUCCUGAAGUUACUUUAUUAGCUGCUAAAAUCGCUUCUGAAGAAAUUGAUGUUGAUGCUGAAUUAGAAACUGAAGAAGAAGAAAAUGAAAAUGAAGAAAAUGUUCCUUCAACUUUAGCUUUAAGAUUAAUUUCAGUCUUAGCUGCUGAAUUACCUCCAUCUCAAGUGGUUUCCCCAUUAUUAGAAAACUUACCAACUAUGAUGGCUUCUUCUAAUCAAUUUGAAAGAAGAGCUGGUUUAUUAAGUAUCGGUGUUGCUUCUGCUGGUGCUCCAGAUUUCGUAGCUACUCAAAUUACUAAAUUAAUGCCAGCUGUUACUACUGGUUUAAAAGAUUCUGCUCCUAUUGUUAGAGUUGCUGCUUUAAGAACCUUAACUCAAUUAAAUUCUGAAUUACAAGAUAUUAGUACUGAUUAUCAUCAAGAAUUAUUACCAUUAAUCUUUGAAAAUAUCGAUUCUGCUACUUCCAUCAAAGCCUACAAAUACGGUUGUAGUGCUUUAGAUAGUUUAAUUGAAUUCAUGAGUCAUGAUGCCAUGGGUCAAUAUAUUGAACCAUUAAUGAAUAAAUUAUUUGCUAUGUUACAUCAAGCUAAUUCUUCUUCAUUAAGAUGUACCAUUGUUUCAGCUGUUGGUUCUACUGCUUUCGCUUCUGGUAAAGCUUUCAUUCCAUAUUUUAACAAAUCAAUUGAAUUAUUAGAACCAUUAAUUGCUAAUGCUUCCACCACUGAAGGUUUAACUGAAGAUGAUAUUGAAUUAAGAGCUUUAACUUUUGAAAAUAUUUCUACCAUGGCUAGAGCUGUUGGUUCAGAACCUUUUGCUAUUUACGCUAAACCAUUAGUCGAAGCUGCUUAUACUUCUUUAAGUUCUGAUAACUCUAGAAUUAGAGAAUCUGGGUUUGCCUUUAUUAGUAAUAUGGCUAAGGUUUAUGCUGCUGAAUUUGCUGGUUUCCUUGAUCAAAUUGUUCCUCAAAUUAUUAAAUGUUUAGGACAAGAAGAAUUCACUAUUAACGCUGAAGAUGUUGAUGAAGAUGAUGAAGAAGAAGAUCUCAGUAAUGCUUUCCAUGUCAACACUGGUAUUACCAUUGAAAAGGAAAUUGCCGCUGUUGCCUUGGGUGAUUUAGCCAUUGGUACUGGAAAAGAAUUCACCAAAUAUAUUGAAAUCUCAGUUAAAACUCUUGCUGAACAAGUUGAAAAUUCUUAUGGUAUGAGAGAAACUGCCAUGAAUACUUUAUUUAAAAUCUCCAGAGCUUAUUUCACUGCUAUUCAAGGUGAAGGUUUCAAAGCUCCAAAGGGGGUUCCUCAAUCCCUGUAUAUUGAUGCUUCAGUAUUAGAAUUAAUUAAUCAAGUUAAAAACAUUGCUAUUCCACUUUUAGCUGAAGAAUUUGAAAUUAAUAUGGUGGCUUGUAUUUUAGAUGGUAUUUCUGAUGCUCUUCAUCAAUUUGGUGCUAUUGCUAUUAUUGAAAAUCAAACUCAAACUUCUCAAUUAGAAUCUUUAUGUGCUGAAUUAAUGAAUAUUAUUAAAAAGGAACAUCCAUGUCAAAUUGAAGAUGAAGAAAAUGUUGAAGAUGAUGAUGAUUCAUCUGAAACUGAUGCUUUAUUAUAUGAGGCUGCUUUAGAAGUUUUAGUUAGUUUAUCUAUUGCUUUAGGAGGUGAUUUUGUUAAGAUUUUCGCUUCUUUCAAAGAUGUUCUUAUUAAGAAUGUUGCUACUAAGAAUAAAACCAAUAGAAGUACUGCUGUUGGUGGUUUAGCUGAAAUUGUCGGUGGUAUUACUUCUUCUAAUCCUUAUUCUGAAGAAUUAUUACAAGUCUUUACUGAUAGACUUGCUAAUGAUAAAUCAUUACAUGUUAAAGGUAAUGCUGCUUAUGGUGUUGGUUUAAUUAUUCAAAAUAGUUCUACUGAUCUUUCAAGUGCUUAUCCAACUAUUUUACAAUUAUUAUUCCAAUUAUUAAAUAAAACUGAUAAAAAGGCUGGAUCUGCUGAUGAUGAAGAAUCUAAAGAAACCGUUAAUAGAUCCUAUGCUAAUGCUUGUGGAUGUGUUGCUAGAUUAAUCUUAAAACAUGAACAAGCUGUUCCAUUAGCUCAUGUUCUUACUCCAUUAUUAUCUCAUUUACCAUUAGAAACUGGAUUUGAAGAAAAUACUCCAAUUUUCAAAUUAAUCAUUCAAUUAUAUGCUUCUAAUAAUGAAUUAAUUAUUAGUGAAACUCCAAAGAUUGUUGAUAUCUUUGCUAAAGUGUUUGUUAAAGAAGCUGAUAGAAUAAAAUUAUUAAAUGAAUCCACCUUAGGUAGAGAAGAAAAUAUUGAAGCCAUGAAACAAUUUGAAAAUCCAGAAUUAAGAGCUUCUCUUAUUGAAUUAUUGAAAUCUAUUGAUCAAAAUUUCAAUGGUGUUGUUUCUGCUAAUGAAGUAUUAAGAUCCGUCAUUGCAUAAUUAUAAUUAGAAUUUUGUCAUGAACAUUUCUCCUUUCCCCCUUUCUUUUACAUAGAUAUUUUUUUUAUUUAAGUCCUCUUUUAUUUGAAUAUAGUUAUUAUUAUAAUAUUGUUAUAAAAUCCAUCCAUAAAUCGUUGUCAUGGUUGUUGUAAAAUGGGUAAGAUUUAUUUUUAAAGUAAGUCAUGUUUCAUCAUCAUUUUGAGAGAUGUAAUUUUUUACCCAUCAGUUGCAGAAAAUUGCCUA